GUUUUCAUUGCAGCCGCUGAGAUAAGCGACAAAUAGCAUUCUGCAGGUGUAUAUGGCAGUUUCCAAUCUAUAACCUCUGUGAUCUGUGCAGUCCAUAACCUUAAAUGUGAAUGACCGCACAUGUAAAAGGGUGCUGUGUAUUUAAAAUUAAUACUAAGAGCGUUUAACGCGCUCAUAGAGGGGCUAGAAAGUGCUCCACAUCGCAGCACUGCACAUACAACUGUUCCGGUGGGUGCAUUUUGGACAUUGAAUACUUUAAAAGCCACCUUUCAAUAUGACUGAGGACAAAGCCCCACCAGUCCUAUGCCGGUUUGUGUCCGAAGCCGGCGAGUUCGAAAGCGAAAGGCUGGACUUGCCUGCGGAUUGUACGCUGACACAGCUUACACUAAUAUGCAACGGCAUCUUGAAACAAGAAGAUCCUGUGCCUUAUAAGUUCUUCAUUCAUGAGCACGAAAUAACGAGUACGUUAGAGAAAGCCGUCGAACUGACCGGGCCGCUGAUAUCUGAAAGAAUCGUGGACAUUGUUUAUCAGCAGCAGGCAGUUUUUCGAGUCAGGCCAGUCACACGAUGUACCGCAUCAAUGCCAGGCCAUGCAGAAGCAGUAAUUUCUGUGACUUUUUCGCCGGAUGGCAAAUAUUUAGCAAGUGGAUCUGGAGAUACCACCGUUCGGUUUUGGGAUGUCGAGACACAAACGCCCAGAUUUACUGGCACUGGGCACAAAAAUUGGGUGCUUUGCAUUGCCUGGUCCCCAGACAGCAGCAGGUUGGCGUCGGGCUGCAAAGAUGGGAAAAUAAUCAUCUGGGAUCCAAAGACAGGAACCCAAGUGGGUAAAACCCUGCUGGGGCACAAGCAGUGGAUAACAUCCCUCAGCUGGGAGCCCUAUCACAAGAACCCUGAUUGUCGGUUGUUUGCAAGCUCAUCAAAAGACAAUGAUGUAAGAAUAUGGGACUCAGUGUUGUGCCAUACGGUUUUGACCAUCUCAGGUCAUAUGAAGGGUGUUACUGUUGUGAAAUGGGGUGGGUCGGGACUAAUUUACACUGCAUCUCAAGAUAGGACCAUAAAAGUGUGGAGAGCCGCUGAUGGCAUAAUGUGUAGAACUCUUGAGGGUCACGCUCACUGGGUCAACACAUUGGCUUUGAACACGGACUAUGUUUUGAAAAUUGGGGCUUUUGACCCAGUGAAAGAUGCCAACAAAGACACCUUUGUACCAGACAAAAAGAAGUCCCAAGAGUUCGCUUUGGCCAGAUUCAAGAAAGUGACUGAGUCUGUUGGGGAACGGCUAGUUUCAGGAUCGGAUGAUUUCACGCUAUUUCUCUGGGAUCCUGAAAAGGACAAAAAGCCGUUGGCCCGACUGACUGGCCAUCAGCAACUGGUGAACGAUGUAAAGUUCUCUCCGGAUGGGCGAAUUUUAGCUUCAGCAUCUUUCGACAAAUCAAUCCGACUGUGGAAUGCAAAAACUGGCAAAUUCAUUGCCACCCUUAGAGGUCAUGUCCAGGCAGUCUACAUGAUUUCAUUCAGUGCGGAUUCACGGUUUAUGGCCAGCGGAAGUGCCGAUUCCACCCUGAAGCUGUGGAAUCUAGCGACGAAGAAGUUGGAGUAUGAUUUACCUGGACAUGCUGAUGAAGUCUAUGCAGUGGAUUGGAGCACGGAUGGCUUAAGAGUGGCCUCAGGAGGCAAAGACAAAGUGCUCAGACUGUGGCAGAACUAGCAAAGUAAUGUCGUGUUAAGCAUAAUAUACGAAGUUUUAUUUUC